AUGAGCCAUUUCAGAGCGACGAUUGAAACUCCAGGGCCGUCACCUCCGUCUGUCCACACCUGCAAAAUCCGUAAGGAGCAAGUCCGCUCGCUAUGGGACAAAGCCGAAAAAGAAUUCGAAGCGUGUUUAGACACGAUCUCCAGUAUUACGACUGAAGGGGCGGAGGAGAUUUUGGCAACUCUGCACCGCAAAUACGAAUACUGCUAUUCGGUGUACGAAGAGCUGCCGGUUCAGCUCAGCGAGCUAAUUGACCGAGCCAGUUCACAGCAACCGGGGUCGAGCACCGACAAUCAAUCCUCCGACAUUCCUACAUGGGAUGAGAUGAACGCGUUCCUUAGCGAUAGGUAUAGAACCUUAGAAGCCAUUGAGGAUAUGAAGCAGAGUCUUGGUGGUCCGUUAACUUCCAAAAAUCCCCAGGUUACGAAAAAGCUUCACUCCUUUGAAGCCAAAAGUUCCCAGAUAGACGUUCUUAUCGGAGCUGAUAUCCUUCCAUCCGUGCUGCUGAGCGGCACAAAGACCAACAUCUGCGGAUCUCUUUUUGGGCAAGAGACCAUCUUCGGAAUGUGGACUUCCAAUCACAAGGGGGUUUUAAAGGACAUUCCAAAUGAGCAUCUUCUCCAUGCUGAGUUCCUGAAUAUUGAUGCCGAAAGCACAGCCAAAACUCUCGGCGUUCGCUGGAGAGCAACCACCGACGAGUUCUACUUCGUGCCCCCAGAAAUAUCCGUCAAAUCCUCCUAUACAAAGAGAGAAGUUCUCUCCCAGAUCGCAAAGCUAUUCGAUCCCGCUGGAUGGCUUGCCCCGUUCAUCGUCCGGGCAAAAAUUUGUAUGCAGGAGAUCUGGCUGCAAGAGUUAGGCUGGGAUGACAACCUUCCCGCCGAAAUGAGCCAUAGAUGGCAAAUGUUCCUGCAAAGUUAUUCCGAUCUCGAUCAAAUCCGUAUUCCGAGAUGGGUCGGUUACCAGCCCCAGGUGAAAAUCGAGCUUCACGGUUUCUGUGAAGCUUUCCAAAGGGCCUAUGGGGCUGCGCUGUAUGUCAGGGUUGAAGUCGGUCAGCAGAUAUUGACUAAUCUGCUUACGACAAAGACCCGGGUGGCCCCUGUGAAAACUGUAUCCCUCCCCCGACUCGAGCUAUGUGGUGCCCUAUUGCUGGCAGAUAUGACAUCCACUAUCCUUCCAAAUAUGUUGUCAGACAGCUCUGAGAUUUUCUGCUGGACAGAUUCCACCAUUGUCCUGGCAUGGUUAAAAAAACCAGCCUGCUCCUGGACCACAUUCGUAGCCAACCGUGUAACCAAAAUAGCUCAAGCUACAAAGAUUGAGAAUUGGUCACAUGUGCGAUCAGAACACAAUUCUGCCGACCUAGCUAGUCGCAACGUGUCCCUGCAAGAGUUGGGCGAUAGCACCCUCUGGUGGCAUGGGCCCCAAUGGUUACAACUGCCCAAACUUCAAUGGCCAGAAACUUCGGAUCCACACCCAGUCACUGAGUUAGAGCAGCGCGCGGUGAAGGUUCAUUUCGUAAAGCUCCCCGCUGAUGAUUUCCUUGAACGUUUCUCCAGACUAGACAAGGCAUUACGAGUCCUAGCUUACGUCCAAAGGUUCCUAAAUCGCUGUCGGAAGGCUCCGGUAAGUCCAGAUAGGCAGCUCAGUAAUCGGGAAAUCCGGGAAGCUGAAAAAACCUACAUAAUACUUGCCCAGCGUGAAGAGUACGCGCUCGAGCUUCGAUUGUUGCGAAGUAAAAGUUCCAUACCCGCAUCAAGCCAAAUUGCGAAUUUAUUUCCAUUUAUAGACCAACAUGGCCUCUUAAGAGCAUGUGGUCGCUUAACUGCCUCCAAGGUCCUGCAGUAUGACGAGCGCCAUCCUGUUAUACUCCCGUACAGCUGUCGGCUAUCUCGUCUGCUUGUCCAAUUCACGCACCAGAUUACACUUCAUGGCGGCAACCAAUUGAUAGUGCGCUUGGUGCGAUCCAAAUAUUGGAUUCCUAAAGUUAAGAAUCUGGUAAAGGGAGUGGUGAAUUCAUGCAAGGCCAUCCAUUUGGAACCCACCUCCGACCUUACAACUGAGAAGUUUCUAGCAGCGUUUGCACGUUUUGUAGCUAGACGAGGUUGUCCUCAGCGGGUCCAUUCCGACAACGGCAAAACCUUUGUUGGCGCCUCAAGUCUUCUUUCCCGUGACUUUACGCAAGCGCUAAAGGAGUCGGUGACUGAUGCGUAUAGCCAUCAGGGACUCGUGUGGCGUUUCAUACCCCCAGGAGCUCCUCAUAUGGGAGGCCUGUGGGAGGCAGGAUUUACUCCGGAUUUUAAAAUUCUGUUUUACAAAUCCACGUCCGCUCGCAAGUAUACCUUCGAAGAGCUUUCCACGCUUCUUGCCAAGAUUGAAGCCUGCCUUAAUUCCAGACCGCUUUCUCCAAUGUCAGAGGACCCGACAGACUUGCUGGCACUGACGCCAGGCCAUUUUCUGAUCGGGGGUCCGUUGCUUUCCACGGCGGAGCCUGAAAUCAAAGGCGAAGCGAAGUCUAUUAUAAAUCGAUGGCAACAUCUCAAGGCCCAGCAUCAACAAUUUAGUUCACGAUGGAAAGAAGAGUAUCUAAAGGAACUCCACAAGCGCAAAAAGUGGCUAAGGCCAUCCAGAAAUCUGCAAGUCGACGAUAUGGUAGUCGUUAAGGACGAUAACUUGCCAUCAAAUGACUGGCGGCUCGGCAGAAUCGUAGCUGCUAUCCCAGGAGCUGAUACUAGAGUACGCGUCGUAGAUAUUCUUACUUCUCGUGGAACUAUCCGACGUCCGGUCCACAAAGUAGUUCUCCUUCCUAUGGAGGCUAAGGCAACCUCCAAAUCUCCACAAUAA